AUGCGCCCAAUAUUUCGAAAACUUGGAAAACUGAUAGUUGGAACUUGUGCGGGAAUCACGUUUUCUGAUGUUGUUGGACAUCCGGCUCAAGUUAUAGGUCUUUCAAUGUUUCCAACACUUCAAGGCGAAGAUGCGAGAUGGUGGAAACGGGAUUUCGUGUGGCUUUCAACGUGGUGCCUUUAUGAUUGCAAUCCGGGAACUAUAUUGACUUUUAUGACACGCAAUCGAUGUUCUGAGAUACAUAUAAUUACAUUAUUAUUCAGAUGUCCUCGUGAUCCAUCUUCAAUUCACAUCAAGCGUGUUACGGCUACUGAAGGAAAAUUCGUGAAGCCCGAACAUCGCGAUGUUCUCACACAAAUCCCGAAAGGCCAUUAUUGGAUGGAAGGCGACAAUCCGGUGAAUCGCAACGACAGCAACGUUUAUGGUCCUGUUAAUUCCGGUCUCGUUAAAGGACGAGCAACUCACAUCAUUUGGCCGCCGAACAGAUGGCGGCGUCUUUAG